AUGAACGAUGUUUCAUCAAGUCGCAGGGCUGAUGAAUGGUGGAUCAAGAUUUCCGACUUUGGUAUCAGCAAACGCAUAGAAGCAGCAGCCCCUGGCGCUUCUACAAUCCUACGUGGAACACCGGGCUAUAUAGCCCCCGAGGUAUACGGCUUAAUCAAGCGCGGUGCCCCUUUUGCCUCGGAUAUAUGGGCCCUUGGUCAGAUUGUGUUUGAGCUCCUUACCAAAGAGAUGGUGUUCGAGGAUCUUGGGGCUCUGUUCCAAUAUGCGACGCAGAUCAACCAAUUUCCCACUCGCCGUCUUUCCAAAUAUACAGCGCUCAGUGUUGAAUUUAUCACCUCACUUAUGUGCCCUAUCCCAGACGACCGAAUAACAGCUACUAUGGCUAUUUCGCACCCAUGGGUAGAGUCAAAACUGAGCCCUUCUGAUCCGGAGAUUGACAUCUCUAUACAUGCACAAAAGUCCUCUGGGAUUAGUGAAAUGACGGGAACCUCUGCAUCAUGGAAUAGAAAGGCAUCUAAUUCGGAGCCUAACAUGUCUCUAUUCAAGAAAAGAUUGCCUACAAUCAAUUCAAUGACGGAAAGCUCUGUGUCAUCCAAUUUCAAUCCAUCAUAUCCAGCGCCGGAGGUUGUUGAUGUCCCAAACAACAAGAUUGGUUCUCAUGGUGUCAACAUCCAACUUUGGCGAACGUUUGACAUCAAGGACCUCGGUUAUUCUGUGAAAAGUCAGAUCGCUUUCUCGCCCAACAGUGAAUGGUUUGUUAUUCCUGCUGGCAAGCAUGCAAGGCUUUGGAAUACUUCAGACGGAACCGCAAUCCGCACGUCAGUCGGCCACGAUACAAAUAUCAGAGUUGCUGUUUUUUCCCAGAUAGCAAAUAUUUAG